GAGGCUCAUAGUAAUAUAAAUGCUUUUAUAGUUUAGCAAUUUAUCAAAAUAGUCUGUGUGAAUGUCGAGAUAUCAACUGGACAGAUCCAAACAUGAAGGUCCUCGUCAUCCUUGCAGUCGUUGUUGUCGUUGCUUCCGCCAGAACCCUAACCAAGGCCAAGAGGUCAAACAGGAAUCAUGACAACAACGUCAUGAACGCCGCUAAAUCAAUCAUCGCCUCUGCAAACGACGUGGAUAAGCAGAACAACAAGGACAAGAGAGAUUAUGAAUAUUACUACGCCAAAUACAACUACGAUAACUACGGAUUGUACGCAGUUGGCGCUGUGGUGGACUAUGGAUACGUGGAUUAUUCUGCAACCGGCUUGUAUUACUAUGACGUAACCCAGGACGAUAUUAACCAGAUGGCCGCGAAAGAGGCAAAGAAACAGGCAGAAGGCGCCGAGUAGCACGCGACAAGAUGGGUUUCAUUUGUCAUUCCUAACACACAUUCUUACCUAUACCAAUAAAAUGUCUCAAAACGUG